UCAGGAAAAGCUUCACAUGCCAGGCAAUGUUCUGCGGCACCUCCAGCUUCCCCGACGAGAACCAAUCAUCGUCUUCCCCGAGAACCCCCAAGAAAAAAUCUCACCGAAACAAAAACCCUUACUCUUCCAGAGGACUCGACAAAUUCACCUCCGUUCUCUCCGAGCUGGAAGCGAAGAGAGAGAAGAUCAUGGCGACUGCGGGGGAGCAGGGCAUCUCCAUGAUCCGAUUCAUGUACUCCAAUUCCAAUGAUUGGAUCCCCAUCGUGGUUCGAAUCCGCGACGAUCGCAACAGUGCCGAGAAGCAGAUCGUUCCCGCCUCCUCUGCCGCCGCCGUGAAGAAGCCGGAGGAGGUCCCUACGCCGUCGUCUGAGAAGAAGAUGGACAGACGGCUGUCGCUGCAGCCGCCUGCG